UUUCCUCAAAAACAUAAAGCUGAAUGAAUUUUAUGAAGUCAAGUCAACACCCUCCAAAUCCAAUUCAUAGCAUAGCAUAGCAUAGUUUCUUCCUCCCUUCCUCUAUUUCGUGUUUCUUUUUCCCCUUUCCUUACAACAAUCCCAGAUUUGUAAUUAUCAUCUUCUUUCAAUCCAACCCUUAUUCAUCAAUCAAUUUCUUCAACAACCCCCUUAUCAAAUCAUUUCAUUUAUCAAUCCUUCAAUUAGCAUUUCAGAUCUAUACUUCUUCAUAUAAUUAGGGUUUUUAGCUUGUAGAAGAAGCAAAUGGACGACGUGAAAGACAAGGUUAAAGGUUUAAUGAAAAAAGUCAACAACCCUUUCUCUUCCUCAACAUCUGGAAAAUUCAAGGGCCAAGGUAGAGUCUUGGGAUCAUCAUCAUCUUCUUCUUCUUCUUAUACACCUUCUAAUUCCAAUCCUACCCCUCGCCCUAAUCCAUCUCCCUCUCAGAACCCUAACCCUAAUUCCAAACCCAAACCUAAACCCACUUCACCGGUCGCUUCAGAUAAUAGCAGAAUCGACAAAGCUCGUAAACCUGGAGAUGGGUUUGACCCUUUUGAUUCUCUAGUCACUUCAUCGCAGAGAUCUCAAAAUGGGUAUUCACUUAAUGUAUAUGAAUGUCCAAUUUGUAAAAAACCCUUUAGAUCAGAAGAUGAGGUUUCUGAACACGUGGAUAAUUGUUUGAGUAACCCAACUGAGUCUAUUGAUGGUGAUGAAAAUUGUGUAUCAGAAUUGCAAGAGAGUGAAGUUGAGUCUAAUACUGAAUUGGAGAUUUUUAUUGGCACUUAUGUUUCAGGGAAACCAUCUGAAGGAUCGAUCGAUGUUGUUCUUAAAUUAUUGAGGAAUAUUGUUAGGGAACCUGAGAAUGUUAAGUUUAGGAAGAUUAGGAUGAAUAAUCCUAAGAUUAAAGAAGCUAUUGCUGAUGUUAUUGGUGGAGUUGAAUUGCUUAGUUUUUUAGGGUUUGAACUUAAGGAGGAGAAUGGAGAGACAUGGGCAUUGAUGGAGGCUCCUAGAGAGGAGGAGAAAAUAAAUUUUAUUAAGAAAGCAAUAGUGUUAUUGGAACCACAACUUGUGGUACAAGAUCCUCCUAAGAGAGACAACUUGACGUCUACGGCUUCUGUUGAGAAAGUAGUCACGGCCGAACCAAAAAAGAUCGACAGACAGGUGAAAGUCUUCUUUGCUGUCACUGAAAGUGUUGCAGCUAAAAUUGAGCUACCAGAUUCCUUCUACAAACUUUCAGUUGACGAGGCGAGAAGAGACGCUGAACUAAGGAGAAAAAGGAUUGAAGAGUCUCAGCUUUUAAUCCCCAAGUCACUUAAAGAAAAGCAAGCUAAAGCUGCAAGGAGGAGAUACACAAGAACUAUUAUUAGGAUUCAGUUUCCAGAUGGAGUUGUACUUCAAGGUGUAUUUGCUCCAUGGGAACCAACUACUGCUCUCUAUGAGUUUGUGAGCUCUGCGUUAAAAGAACAAGGUUUGGAAUUUGAGCUAAUGCAUCCAAUAGUCGUCCAACGGCGUGUGAUCCCAUGUUUCCCGAAAGCAGGGCAAAAGGUCAAAACAAUAGAGGAAGAAGACCUGGUACCUUCUGCUCUAAUCAAGUUCAAGCCUCUAGAAACAGAUUCUGUUGUUUUCACAGGUCUCAAAAAUGAAUUGCUUGAAAUCAGUGAACCACUUGUAAAUGGUUAAGCAUUUGCUUCUGUGUAUGAACUAUUUUGAUUUGUUUCCUUAUUUUUCACAAUUAACUUUUUCCCCCUUUAUUGAUGGGGAUAUAGAUGCAAUUGUUAUAUUCAUUAUCAUUCAUAAUUUUGUGACAAACAAUAUUAUACUCAGA